AUGGACGCCGCUGGGGACUGGUCGGCGGCGGCAUGCCGCACUGUUGCGUGCGAGCUGACCUCGUCCCUUGACCUAGCGGAGUACUAUGAUAGCAUCGUUGAUACCAUUGUGUGGAUGCACUUUUCCGUUGCGGAGCUCGGCGCGCGUGUCGGCGAAUGGGACGGCCGUUGCUUCUACCGCUCCCCACAACACCUUCUUGCGCUCCUGCAUAGUUUCCGUACGAUACUUGGCACGCUGCGUGACCAGCUCGAAGAGCAGCAGCGGUUCAGGCUUGUGGGGCUGGACAAGCUGCGAGCGACCGUCGAGCAGGUCGAGGAGCUGCAAGCGACGCUCGCGACGAAGCGCACGCGGCUGGAGCAGACAAAUGCGGACGCCAACGACCGGCUCCAGCGCAUGGUGCACGACCAGCAAGCGGCAGAGACGAAACGCGAAGCGUCGCUGCAGCUGCAGUCCUCGCUCAAAGAGCAGGAGAAUGCAGCGGCGGCGCGGCGCGAUUCGGUGCUCACCCAGCUUGCCGAGGCCGAGCCUGCGGUGCUGGACGCCCAAGUCGCCGUCGGCAACAUUACCAAGCAGCAUCUCGCCGAGGUGCGCUCGAUGGCGAAUCCGCCCGCUAGUGUGAAGAGUGCGCUCGAGUCUGUAUGCAUCCUCCUCGGCCACGAAAUCGACGGCUGGAAGAGCGUCCAGGCGAUUGUGCGGCGCGACGAUUUUAUCCACCACGUCGUGCACCUUGAUACCAAGACGGCUGUGCCGCGUGCGACGCGCGACCGACUCGAGCGCGCGUACCUGAGCCGUGCCGAGUACAACUACGAGACGAUGCAGCAUGCGAGCAAAGCGUGCGGCCCGCUGGCCCGCUGGGUCAUGGCGCAGGUCCAUUUUGCCGAUAUCCUCGACCGCGUUGCGCCGCUGCGCGCCGAAGUCGCUGCGCUGGAAUCGCACGCACUAGAUACCAAGGCCCAGGCGCAGGGCGCUGCAGAAGAGGUCACCGCGCUGGAGUCGAGUAUUUGCGCGUACAAGCGCGAGUACGCUGCGCUGAUCAGCGAGACGCAAACACUCACGACCGAGCUUGAGCGUGUAUCACGGCAUGUCGAACGCAGCGUGCACCUUCUUGCUGGGCUCGGUGCGGAAAAAGCGCGCUGGGAGCAUGGGCGCAGCGCUUUUGACGCGCAAGUACGCACGCUGCCAGGCGAUGCACUGCUCUGCGCCGCCGUCGUCGCCUUCAGCGGGUUCUUCGACCAGGCCUCGCGCGAGCAGCUGUGGGCGGAUUGGAACGCGCACAUGGACGCUGCCGCCAUUCCCCACCGCGCGAAUUUGUCGGUGGUGGACAUGCUCGCUUCUGCAGAUACACAGGCGCAAUGGCACGCGCAAGGGCUUCCCACCGACGCGCUUGCGACGGAAAAUGCGGCGAUUAUGGAGCACUGCGCGCGCCACCCCUUGAUUGUGGACCCCACAGGGCGCACGAGCGAAUUUCUGCGGCAGCGCAGCGCCGACCAGCUUGCGUGCACGAGUUUUCUCGACGGGGGGUUUGUCAAGGCGCUCGAAAGUGCACUCCGCUUCGGGACGAGUCUCUUGAUCGAGAAUGCCGAGCACUUUGACCCUAUCCUGCUCCCCGUGCUGCGGAAUGAGCGGCGGCGCACCGGAGGCCGCGUGCUCGUUCGCGUCGGCUCCCAAGACGUGGACUGCGCGCCGCGCUUCCGGCUCCUGCUCGCGACGCGCGACGCGAACGCAGCCCUUUUGCCGCACGUCUUUAGUGCCGUCCAAGUGGUGAAUUUUACCAUCACACAAAAGAGCUUGCAGGCCGAGGCGCUGCACCGCAUUCUCCUUGCAGAGGCCCCCGAGGUUGAAGCACGGCGCCUCGAUCUCGUCCGUGCGCAGGGCGAGUUUCAGCGGCGCUUGCAGCACCUGGAGCAGGACCUGCUCACCGCGCUCAACACGCAAGGCAACCUGCUUGAGAACGACGCGAUUGUCACCACCCUCGAGACGCUCAAAGCCGAGGCAGACGACAUUGCAGUGCGUGCAGCGCAGACAGAGACGGCAGCGGAAGAUGUAAACGCGGCUAUCGGGGCGUACGAGCCUUUGGCCGAAACUGCCAGUGCGGUCUACUUUAUCCUAGUACGUCUGCACGUCCUUGCGCCGUACUACCAGUUUGACCUAACUUUUUUCUUUGACCUAUUGGACACUGUUCUGCGCAGCGAAGCGACAUGCCCGAACCGCCUCGCUUUCCUGCACCGCGCCUUGCUGCUCACUGCCUUUCGCCGCGCAGCGCCGAGUCUCUUGCACGCGGAUCAUUUCGUGUACGCCGCGCGCCUUGCACAGGUCCAGUGUGGGAUGGAUGUAGCGCUUGCCGCGCUGCUCGCGCCGCAUACCAUGCCGGAUGCGCCGCUUGUGCGCCGCAUCGCGUUGGACCGCGCGCAGCGGCCGUCGGUGUACGAAACGUUUGGGAAACACGACACACCAGAAGCGGAAAAAGCGCCGCUCGAGGAGGAGGAGGAGGAGCUACUUGCGCAGCUCUUGCGCCGUGCCAUCACCGUGCGGCUCGUAUGCCCCGAGCGUGCGUAUUUUGCCAUUGCGCGCGUCCUGCAGGCCAUCCUUGGCGCCGAUGUGCUGGAAGAAGGCGCGCCGUCCCUCCAAACAAUCCUCGCUGAGAUCUCGUCGCGCACACCGCUGGCCAUGUGCAGUGCGCCCGGAGAAGAUCCAAGCUACCAGCUGGACCAAGUUGCGUCGCAGCAGCACAUACCGCUCGUGCACGUCGCGCUCGGCGCAAAAGAAAGCAUCGGCGAGGCAGAACGUGCGCUCAGCGACGCUGCACGGACGGGCGGAUGGGUGCUGCUUGCGAAUGCGCACCUUGCCCCUGCAUGGCUCGCCCAGCUCGCCCCGCGGCUAGCCGCACUGCACCCUGCUGCGUCCACGCGAGUGUGUGUUACCUGCGAGCUUUCGCCCGCGCUUCCGGCUGCGUUUCUGCGCGAGUCGCGCGUGCUGAUGUACGAAGCGCCCGCGGGCCUCAAAGCAGCGCUCCUAGCCAACCUGCGCCCCCUCGAAGCACGGCUUGUGACGGGCCCGCAAGAAAAAGCGCGGCUCUAUUUCCUUGCAGCGCUCCUGCACGCCAUUUUGCUCGAGCGCCUGCGCUACGUCCCGCUGGGCUUUUCGCGGCGCUACGAGUUUUUCGGCGUGGACUUUAGUGCAGCGCUGGAUGUGGUGGAUACGUGGACGGAUGCGGCGGCGCAAGGCAAGGCGCAUGUUGCGCCGCACGAUCUGCCUUUCGAUGCGAUUCGCACCAUGCUCAAAGAGUCCGUGUACGGAGCGAAACUCGACGAGCCGACCGACCGCGCCAUGCUCGAUGCCCUCGUGGACCGUCUCUUUGUGCCUGCAGCCUUUGAGCCGAGCUACACACUUGCGCCGGGCCUCUGCCCGCCACAGGGCACCCGACUCGCGCAGUUUUGCGCAUGGGCGCGCACGCUGCCCGAGCCGCAGCCCUGUGCGUGGCUGUUUCUCGCGCCGCAUGCGGAGCGCCGCGUGGCGGUGGAACGAAGUACGGGCGCGCUGCAUAAGUUGCACACCCUCGAGCAUGCUGGCACGCGCGUCCAGGCAUCGCACGCUGCGUUGGCGUCGCGCCAUGCGGUGGCGCGCGCCGAGACGUACUUGGCGCAGCUGCCGCCCGACGCCCUCGCGCAUACGCCCGAUCAACUUGCCUCGUUUUGGGCGCGCGAAAGAGCGUUUGCAGCUGCGCUCCUCGCGCAGGUCCGCGAAGCAUUGGGCCAAGUGGUGCAGUGCGACGUGCGCACAAAUGCAGCACGCGCGCUCAUGGAGCAUCUCGUACAUGGAACACUGCCGGAUGCAUGGGUGCAGUAUGCAGUCCCACGUACCAUGCAUCUCGACGCGUGGAUCGCGGAUUUCUGUGCGCGCUAUGCACAGGCCAUCGCUGCGCCGGCGCACGGCGCGGUCCUUGGGCGCCUCUUUUUUCCCACCGCGUUUCUCACUGCGACGCGGCAGGCUGCUGCAGCGGCGCUGGAUGCGAGUCUCGAGCAGCUCUGCCUGCACCUUGCACUGGACCAGCAUGUCCGUGGGCCAGGCGCGUUUGUCGUCGGCGAGAUGUUUCUGGACGGCGCGCAGGUCGCAGCGCAGGAGGUUGUGCUUAAUGAGGGAGAGGCGAGCAGUGUGGUACAGAGUACACUGCUGUGGAAGCAGGAGGCGCAGGCUGGGAUACCGAUCCCGGUGUUUUUGAACGGCGACCGCAAUGCGCUGCUAUUUACCGCGUCUGUGCCCAGCAAGGUAGAUUCGGACUUGGCCGUGCUGCGCGCUGUUGCGCUCCGUAUUGCAUAG